AUGGCGGCAAAACUACUCCCUUACUCUUUGAUGACCAUCGCGACCCUUUCGGGCUUCAAGUACACAACGCAUUACCAGCACCCGAAGAGCUCUGAACUACCGUAUAUCCUCUUCACCCAUGGCUUCCCAUCGUCUGCAUACGACUGGAGACAUCAAGUAGAGUACUUUUCGAACGAAGGUUACGGCAUCAUUGCUCCCGACACCCUUGGCUACGGAAGCACCGACCAGCCUAUGGAUGUUCAUGCGUACACGCUGAGAAGUAUCGCUGACAGUUUAAUCGAAGUUGUCGACAAGGUGGCUGGGAAUGAGACGAGAGUCGUUGGGGUUGCACACGAUUGGUCAGCUAUAUACUCUCCUCUGAUACUACACGCUGCCUUUUCCCUCCAUGAUACUGCGAUCUCUGAGCCAUAUCAUACUGACCUACAGAACAGGGGCUCGGGUAUUCAAUCACGCCUCGCGAACUUCCACCCGGACAGAUUCUCUGCCUACGUCUUCCUGACGCCUUAUACCCUGCCAGGAUUCUUCAACGUCACUGAGGUCAAUAUUGCCACUAAAGCAGCUCUCGGCUACUCGACUCUUGGGUACUGGGAGUUCUUCAACAAGACCGAAGCUGGCCCAAUCAUCGGUUCGCACAAGACGCCAUUUGCAGACUUAUUGUAUCCAGAUACUAUGGAUGAAUGGAAGACGAAUCUAGGUCCAGUGGAUUCGACCGAGGCCUUCUUGACGAGUGGCAAAGACAUACCGCAUGCGCCAUAUGUAACCGAUGAGGAGCAGAAAAUCCACAACUCCAUCUUUGCACGGAAUGGCUACACUCCAGCUCUAGGCUACUACCGCGCCUCAAUGGCAGGCUACAAUACCGCAGACGGAGAAUCCAUCGACCCCAAGAAUCUCAACACGACUACACCGACAUUAUUCGUAGGCGCAACAAAAGAUCCGCUGUUGAUUCUCGACCAAGGCGUGAAGACGAUGCAGGCUUUCAACCCCAAAACCGUGGUCACGAACGUGGAGGCCGGACAUUGGAGUCAGCUUGAAGCGAAGGAUCAGGUGAAUAAGGUGAUCUUGAGUUUCUUGCAGGGAUUGGCUAUUAUUCACUUACUGGACAUUUGCCACGUGCCCCACCCCACUUCACUGCAAGGGGCAAAUUGUAUCCUGUACCAUCGAUUCCAAAAAACAUCGACCGAUUAUAUCUCCAACAUCCUCCUCCAAAUUUUCUACCAGAACAACAGCCCAUGA